AUGGCAAGUUCUUCGAUAAUUAUCUUAAUACUCUUCUCAGGUUUUACUGUCAUCUCCUGCCAAAAUGGUGACAACUGGGCAACUUGUGAAAAGUUUCCAAACGACUUUAAAUGUUAUGAUUGGUGUAUGCGAUUGAAUCGAUAUGCGGAGAUUUAUCUUGGAAACCGAGAACGCAGUGCCCGUCAAUGGCAAGAAGUUGCAAAAAUCGGGAUAAGUUGCAUGAUACCAGCUGCUGUUGUAUUAUUCAUUUGGAUGAAAAUCCGAAACUCCAUUCGAUUCCAUCGCGAGAGUGUGAAGAGACGCAGACACGAGAGAAAGCUCAAGUUUUUGCAAACUAAUCGAAUUCGAGAGACAAUUCUUGACCAGCCGACGAAUGAGGAAAUCGGGCAAGAUUUGGCAAAACAAUUCCCAAUUCGAGAAGGAGUUAUUUAUAAGAUGAAGAUGCGGAAGGAAUUGGAGAAAAAAUAUUUAGCUUUUAGAAGACUCAGAUUGACUCAAGAAAUGAGCAAUGGAGCAUUGUUGCAAAAGAGUAUGAAUGACAAACUCGAUUUACCGGAACAAUUUACUGCACUUGAGCUGGUUUGUGACGCAGAGCAAUCGAUUGUGGAGGAAGCAAAUUUUCACAAGGAUCCGGAAUUUGUCAUUGGAAGUAUUGCAAUGGAAUAUGAUAUUGUUAAAAUGGAUUCGAAGAGAAAAUGACACGUCGAAGGAGAAGGAUUUUUUUACUCUAAUUAUUUUUCUUACUUGUUGAAAAGAAAUAAAUAAAUUUAAUUUG